AUGUCCAAGGAAGUGACUGAAGAAGGAGUUCAAGCCUCUCAGCCGGCGAGAGCCACGAGAGACUACGUGGACCCACCACCGGCACCACUUUUUGACAUAAAAGAGAUUAUUGUCUGGUCCUUCUACAGAGCAGUUAUUGCCGAGUUCAUUGCCACCCUUCUCUUUCUCUACAUAACCGUUUCCACCGUUAUCGGUUACAAGAAGCAAACCGAUCCAUGCGAGACAGUUGGGCUUCUUGGCGUCGCCUGGGCCUUUGGGGGCAUGAUUUUCAUCCUCGUUAAUAACACUGCAGGAAUAUCAGGUGGGCAUAUUAAUCCAGCCGUGACGUUCGGAUUACUCCUGGCACGAAAGGUUUCGUUGAUAAGAGCGAUUUGUUACUUGGUGGCUCAGUGCUUGGGAGCAAUAUGUGGAGUAUGGGUGGUGAAGGCCAUCAUGAAGGAUUUCUACGUUGUUCAUGGAGGAGGUGCUAACACCGUGGCUCCUACCUACUCCAAGGGAACAGCUUUAGGAGCUGAGAUUAUUGGGACUUUUGUGCUUGUCUACACAGUCUUCUCUGCCACCGACCCUAAGCGAAACGCACGCGAUUCCCACAUCCCAGUUUUGGCUCCCUUGUCAAUUGGGUUUGCGGUGUUUUUGGUGCACUUGGCUACCAUCCCCAUCACAGGCACAGGAAUAAACCCAGCUAGGAGUUUUGGGCCGGCUGUAAUCUACAACAGCGGCAAAGUUUGGGGUGAUCAGUGGAUUUUCUGGUUGGGACCUUUUAUGGGAGCGCUUGCUGCGGCGCUAUAUCAUCAGCAUGUUCUGAGAGCCAUGACCAUCAAAGCUUUGGGAUCCUCUACCGCGAACCCCACCAACUAG